AUGGCAGAAUCCUCGUCAGAAAUGCAGAUCAUUCCGCUGGCAAAAAUGCCUCAACAAGCCGGCCUUAGGAAAGCCCGAGAUGAUUGGACCGGUAUUAUAAAUCGAAAAGAGCGAAGAAAGCUACAGAACCGACUCAAUCAGCGACGGUACCGGUCAAGAAGACAAGACAAUCAAGCAGGGUCACAGGCCGUCGUCGAAGCUAGAGCCUCCUCAAGCCCUCUCUGCUCGCCGUAUAACUCCAGCAUGCCUCCACUUAUAUCCCAGGCGGAUCGACGCGACGUUUUUGAAUGCGCACAUGCACCACCACAUGCCUUGAAAUUCCGCGACUGGUUUGAAAAAGAGGCGUACCAAAGCUAUAUCGAUGGCUCACCAAACAGAGACCAUUUGAUUGGUCUUAGUCGACUCAAUGUCCAUCGAGCCAUCAACGAGAAUAUUGAUUCAAUUGGAAUGACGACCGCAUGGAUGCAAAGCGAUGAUUCGAUAUCGAUCUUCAAUCUGAAACAACCCAGCUUUUCGGUCGAGAAGAUUCCAUUUUGCUUACGUCCCACCUUCGUGCAGUUGCAUAUUCCCCACCAUCCUUGGUUAGACUUUUUCCCAUUCCCGAGCAUGCGUGACCGCAUGAUUCUUGCUGGUGACUCUUUCGAUGACGAUGACUUGUGUCAUGAUCUCAUGGCAUUUUGGGAUACCAGAAAUACCGCUGCCACAUUACUUGUGUGGGGAGAUUCGUGGGAAGCAUCAAAUUGGGAAGUUACAGAAGGGUUUGCACUCAAAUGGAAAUGGUUGCUCCGUGGAUCCCCUGAGCUACUAAUUUCAACAAAUCGUUGGAGAAAGUUGAGAGGGGAAAAGCCCCUCAUCUGGAAAAAUAUUCUGUCUGAUGCACAGAAGUGA